AUGACGGGUAAAAAGCACAAGGUCACAGUGGUCGGCUCGGGAAAAUGGGGAUCGACGAUCGCCAAAAUCCUGGCCGAAAACACUCGCGAACAUCCCGAUGUCUUCGAAGAAGAGGUGCAGAUGUGGGUGUUCGAGGAGGAGGUGACUAUCCCCAAAGACUCGCCGCACCGUGAGGCCCUCGGCGACCAGACGCACAAGUUGACGGACAUCAUCAACCGCGUCCACGAGAACGUCAAGUACCUCCCUGGCACCGCGCUGCCGAGCAACGUCGUGGCUAACCCAGACCUGCGCGCUGCCGUCAAGGACGCCACGAUCCUCGUCUUCAACCUCCCGCACCAGUUCAUCGACAAGACACUCGAGCAGAUGAAGGGCCACCACCUGCCAUACGCACGCGCCGUCUCGUGCGUCAAGGGCGUCGAGGUCGCAAACGGGCGGGUCACGCUCUUCUCGGAGCUCAUCAUGGAACAGCUAGGCAUCUACUGCGGGUCGUUGUCCGGCGCCAACAUCGCCCCGGAGGUCGCCGCCGAGGAGUUCUGCGAGACCACCAUCGGCUACAGCCCGCCGCCCAUGGACCUCGACGCGAAGGACGAGCUCUCCCCCGAUAACCGCCACGUCAUCAACAAGCAGCGCCAGCGCAAGAUCUCAUCUACCUCUGCUGAGCUGCAGCGCGUGCCGGAUGACUACCCCUGCGUCGACGAGAGGCUGCUGCGCCGCCUCUUCGAGCGCCCGUACUUCCAUGUGCAGGUCGUUGCCGACGUGGCGGGCGUGGCGCUGUGCGGCGCCCUGAAGAACAUCGUCGCGCUGGCGGCCGGCUUCGUCGCGGGUAAGGGCUGGGGUGAGAGUUCCAAGGCGGCCAUCAUCCGGAUCGGCAUGAUGGAGAUGAUCCGCUUCGGGCGCUUCUGGUUCCCCGACUCCGUGAACCAGAAGACCUUUACCGAGGAGAGCGCCGGUGUUGCGGAUCUGAUCGCCUCGUGCUCCGCCGGUCGUAAUUUCCGGUCCGCGAAGCACUCCGUCGAGAAGGGUGUGAGCGUCGACGAGCUUGAGCAGUCGGAGCUGAACGGGCAAAAGUUACAGGGGACAUCGACUACUCGCGCCGUGUGCGAUUUUCUGUCAACGCAUGGCAAGCUGGACGAUUUUCCAUUGUUCAAUGCAGUCAAUCGAAUCCUCGAUGGUAAGGUUAGUGUGGAUGAGUUGCCAAAGUUGUUGAGGUAA